AUGCAGGUGUUCGCCCCGCCUGCGCCCGUCUUUGCGAGAUGCCUGCGUAGCUCAGCGCCGCGUUGGCACGCUUCUGCCCAUCCGCUCGUCUUUGCCCAGCGACCCGAGUGCGUGGGGCAACGCCGGCGCCUCCAGACAACCGCUACGCCGUCGAGGAUACCAGACUUUGCGUUCGCAUUCGACAUCGACGGCGUUCUCCUUCGCAGCGCCGACCCGAUCCCCGGCGCAUCCAAAGCGCUCACCUACCUCCAGAGUCAACACAUCCCCUUCAUCCUACUCACCAAUGGCGGCGGCAAGUCCGAGUCCGAGCGUGUGGCCGAGCUGAGCGAGAAGCUAUCGCUACCGCUCUCUACUUCCAACUUCAUGCAGAGCCACACGCCGUUCGCUGGCAUGGAGCAAUACAAAGACAAAACAGUCUUGGUGUGCGGUGGAGACGGUGCCAAGUGCCGGGACGUCGCUGAGCAGUACGGUUACAAGACGGUCGUCACGCCUGGCGACAUCUACGCCGCCUACCCGGAGAUCUGGCCCUUCUCCAAGAACUUCCUCGACUACUACCGCUCCUUUGCGCGCCCGCUCCCCCGCCCCAUCGAUGCCGCGAACCCGAAUGCUUCGCUCAAGAUCGACGCCGUCUUCGUGUACAACGAUCCCCGCGACUGGGGCCUCGAUGCUGCAAUUAUCUUGGACGUGCUGCUCUCGCAGCAGGGCGUCAUGGGCACCGUCUCGCCGAAGAAUGGCGACAGGAGUUUGCCGAAUAGGGGAUACCUGCAGGAUGGCCAGCCGCCAUUGUACUACAGCAACCCGGACCUGUGGUGGGCGGCCAAGUACCACCUGUCGCGUCUGGGCCAGGGCGGCUUCAGGGAAGCCCUGGAGGGUAUCUGGGCGGCUGUGACGGGCGGCGAGAGGCAGGGCGUGGAGCUGAAGAAGGCGGUCUUUGGGAAGCCGUUCCGCCCGACGUACGAAUACGCGGAGAACCUGCUGAACAGGUAUCGGGGCGAGAUGUUCGCAGGAGCGAAGCUGGAGCCGCUGAAGCGGGUGUACAUGGUUGGAGACAACCCCGAGUCGGAUAUUCGCGGCGCAAACAUGUACGACAGCCCCCUUGGGACGGACUGGAAGUCGGUCCUUGUCCAGACGGGCGUAUACCAGAAAGGAUCGGAGCCCGCUUGGAAGCCUAGGACCAUUGUCAAAGACGUAUACGAGGCAGUGAGGUAUGCUGUAGAAGACUCCAAGUGGGAGCGAUCCUAA